CACACACACACACACUCUUUAUAUAUAUACAUAACACAUUUCUAUUCUGCACUUUUGCUUAGCUCUUAAAGACUUCGUCUGUUCUGAUUCAAGGAUGGCGGUCUCUGGGUUCGAAGGAUUCGAGAAAAGGCUCGAGCUACGAUUCUUCGGCGUCGAUCCAGUGGCAAACGCCAUGGGACUCCGGCUCAUCGACUUCGAGUCACUGGACGAAGUUUUAAACGUAGUGCAGUGUACGGUGGUAUCCGCCAUAGCCAACCGGAACUUCGACGCAUAUGUUCUGUCGGAAUCAAGUCUCUUCGUUUACCCGACCAAGAUCAUCAUCAAGACAUGUGGCACAACUCAGCUCCUCGAAUCCAUCCGGCCCAUGACCCUUCUCGCCCGAAACCUCGGCCUCGCCUUGCGAUCGUGCCGAUACUCACGUGGCAGCUUCAUCUUCCCCGAGUCGCAGCCUUUCCCUUACACGAGCUUCAAAGACGAAGUCGUCUUCGUCGAAGAAAAUCUCCCCAAAUCCCUCCGUUACCGGAAAGCCUCCGUCAUGCCCUCCACCGACCCCUCACGUGCGUGGCACGUGUUCACCGCCAGCGUUGACUUGGUCCCUACGUGCGAGCCCAUCGUCUUCGAGGUCUGCAUGACGGAGCUCGACCGCGUCCUCGCCCGCAGCUUCUUCAGACGGAAAGGCGACGGAAAAAACAGCGACGCCACCGGUAAAGAGAUGACGCGGCUUAGCGGUAUCGACGCGAUUAACCCAAACGCGUUUAUAUGCGAUUUCGCGUUUGACCCUUGUGGUUACUCCAUGAACGGCGUCGACGGUGGUCGUUACUCCACUAUCCACGUCACGCCCGAGGAUGGGUUCAGCUACGCGAGCUUCGAGUGCGUGGGAUCGGUCUACGACGAAGGAGAUGAUGACGUGGCGGAGGUUCUGAAGCGUGCCAUCGAGGUCUUCCGACCGGGACACGUGUCGAUCUCGACAACCUACGGCGGGGAUGGAUACAAUCACGAGGUGACGAAGCGCGUGGAGCGCGUGUUGGGAAAGAAACUCGGGCUUAAGUGUCGGAAUCGUGUGAUGGACGAGUUUCCGGGAUCGGGAGCCGUCGUGUAUCAGACGUUUACACGUCGCCGGAAAAUCCGAAAGGUGUGUUUAUGUUAACCAGAGGAGGUGAUGACGUGGAAGGAAAUGAUUGGUUGACUAUGAGGUUGACUUGGGUGGGAAGGUAUGAGUGGGAGCACAUGAUCGUGCACCCCACUUGGGCAAAUGUCACGCCUAUGAAUUUUUGAGGUUCUUCUUGUAGAAUUUUAGUGGUCUCUUGAUUUCAUUUUUCUCCUCUCUUAUUUGGUAAAAUUGCAAAAAUAACCCAACUUGUCGAUUUGGACUUCACGGCAUGACCCUCUAGGUUUAGGGUUUUUAAAAAAAAAUCUAAAAUGAUAAAAAGACUACUUUGCCCUUAAAAUAUUGAAUACGUGGCAACUCAAUGGAAAGCAGGAAACGACAACAACUCUCUGUGUUUCCAAAUUUUCAAACAAACAAACACGAACGGACGAACGUCUUCUCCUCUCAUCCGGUUUCUUUCUUCAAUCGCGCAAAUCUCUCGGGUUCUUCUUACAAAAUCGUCUUCUGUCGGCACAAAUGGCUUCAUCUUUGGCUUCUCCUUCGGUUACUGCUUCGGUUUCUACUUCAGAAGAUCUACAGGUCCCUUUUGUGUACGCUUUCAAGGAUAUUCAACACCGUGCAUUAAGGUUGGAAGGAGAGGAAAAAGAGUUUUGGUUUGUUGUAAAUGGCGUGCCCAUCAGAUACUCGAUCCAGGAACAUGCCAUUAUCUCCGACUUAAAUUUUAACAACUAUUCGGAGGACUGGACUAAAUGUAAGGGAAGUGAAUUUCGGAAAAGAAUAUUCGGAACUUCAAAAGUUACCAUAGAAGCUGCAUUAAAGAAGUUGCGCGAAACUCCACAUGCAAAUGUGGAAGAAAGAAAGAGAUUAGCAAUAAUUGUAUUGUUUUAAACAGUGAUUUGGUGGACAUGGUCGAAA